AUGAACGCCACCACGACUGGGAACGUCAAUCCCCACAGCGGCAGCAAGCUUGACAGAGUCAAAGACAUCGCCAACGAGUACAUGGGCAGAGACCUCGACGCACUCCAAAGCUACUGGCGUGGCAAAGCACUCGCCUUCGUGCGGGCUGGGGCCGAGCGGAACCCACAGAUCAAAGACUUCCUCCGAGAGCUCGUCGAGGUUCAGCGGGAUGAUGUUCACGAUGAGCUCCUAGGGCGGAAAUGCGGGUUUGCACCAUAUCAUGAUAAGAAACUUCCGGCGGAGGUGGAACGGAUCUUGACGCAGUCGUGA